UUGUGGCCGCGUGCUUCAAGGCAUCAAAGGCUUCAUGCUUUUUGCAUGAGACGUCAGAGUGACUUUGAAGUUCGGGCGUCCAGAGGCUUGUAGCGAGGAGGAUGUCCGCGUCCGCGAGCUUGAAGGAAUCAGACGGAGAUCGGGACAUGGAGCAGCGCAAAACCCAAGUGUCAAGCCAUCCAUUCAGCGUGGAGUCUCUUAUUUCUAGCCACAAAACCAGUAAGGACUUUGAAAGACGACGCGAGGAUGUAUCCAGCCAGUUUGCAAAGACUGACAUCAGGGAUUCUUGUGGUUCGGCUGGAAUACAAAAGCACUUUAUGCAGACCUCACCCGUCAAAUCGGAGUCCCCUGAGCCGGAUGACUGUACACCAUGGGUUAUGAACUCUAGAUUCUCUCAAACUCGCCAGGUAAGUCCCUGUCCUCUCCGCAAACACAAGACCAACCGUAAACCCCGUACGCCAUUCACCACCUCACAGCUCCUGGCCUUGGAGCGAAAGUUCAGACAGAAACAGUACCUGUCCAUUGCCGAGCGAGCAGAAUUCUCCAGCUCCCUCACCCUCACAGAGACCCAGGUGAAGAUCUGGUUCCAGAACCGACGGGCCAAAGCCAAACGUUUGCAAGAGGCCGAGCUGGAAAAGCUCAAACUGACUGCCAAACCUGCCCUCCACCCCAGUUUCAGUCUGCCUCUUCCUCUUGGAACCCAACUUCAUUCGGCCGUCUCACUCUAUGGCCAGUCAUAUCCCUACCAGAGGCCUUUAUUGCCUGUUGCUCCAGUGGGACUCUAUGGAACACCUUUAGGGUACAGCAUGUAUCACCUGGCUUGAGAAGAAGCGCUACAGUAUGGACUAGUACUGAUCUGUGGAUGUACAGAAAGACGAUGUUUACAAUCUUUGGGUGUCCAAGUCUGAAAAAAAAAAAAGCAGCAACCAAAAAAUUAAAAUAAAUAUUUCAUAAUGUGC